CGCGCUUCUUUACGUCAUGCUUUUCAUGCUAUCCGCGAGGGAGACGCCACAGUCAUCUACUGGGUUUGUGUGUGAGCGUAGAGUAGACUCCAUGCUUGCCGGGUCGUAUUAAGUGGUAGAGAGCGGACGAUGACAGAGCAUUUUUACUUCUCUCAGCGAGGGUGGAAGGUUUUCACAUCUACGAAAUAUCUUUCAUAUCUCCUUCUCUAAACAGUCAAAGUUGACGUGAGCAGUGACGGAGGCUUUAUCAAAGCAGAGAUUUAGCAUAGUUUUCGUAUUUCAUGCUCAACUGAGGAAGUUUGGGUUUUCUUGUGGACUUAAUGACGCGUUUGCAGUGAAGGAAUUAUCAAUCGGAAAUAUUAAUCCUUUAUAAUUCCUCUAUUCACAUGUGGAUGUUGAAAGGAUCGUGUCAGCUAACUGAGAAAAAUAUCAUCACAUGAUUGUUGAUUUUCCCCUCAUCAGACCAACACAUCAGGGAUAAUAUUUACCUUCAAAAUAUAUAUAUAUUUAUGAAACUUUAAUAAUUGCGGAUACCUCACUCUCACAAAAGAAAGCAACCUCGAUGCCCUUUCCCUUCCCGCGGAAGAUCAACCGCGAACUCACCAGUUUUCCAAAACAUCGACUGCGAUCAGUCGAUUUCCCAGGAAUGUACCUAGCAAAGAUUGACUAAAUUUGUUAAAUGCUGGUAGGCAUAAGUCUUCUUUUUGGCAUGCGGAUAUGUGUUCAACGUUGACAACCGGAUUCCAUGAUUUUUUAAGUACUGGAAAUCGCGAAAUGUGAUUUUCCGCAGGAAGGUGGAAUUUCAAGUUCGUUUUCGGAGAACAAAAAUUGAUCUUGCCGUCGUCGAUGUCACAUCGUAAUCACUCAGUAAGCAUCUAUGUUUCGCAGUGCUCGCAAUUUUUUUUAUCUCGUUAUAAUCAAAUUAAAAAGUUACACCGUGAAUCUCUAGAUGAAUAAAAACGAGAAGAUUAAUUUUCUGUUCCAGUACGCAAUUGAUGACGCCAGCCUCAUAUAUGAAUCCUGAAAGGUCAUGGAAACGAUUUAGAGAUUUUUUCACUGACAGAACAUCAAUAUAUUGCAUCUUUUUAAAUCGGAACCGUCGUAAUUGUGAUAAGAAGGCCUAGCUGUGGAUACUCGGUCCCACGUCAGAUUAUAUACAAAUCGAUGACAGUGACCUAACGUAUUGGAUAUUUGAGAUCUGUGUGUAAUAUUUGAAGACAGUCACUCGAGACCGCGAUCGUCUUCUGAACAGGUAGAGUUUUCCAUCGGCACUCAAUCAAGGUCGGUGGUGCGUAGUGUCCGGUGCGAGCGAGCGGGAAAGCAUUGAUCCAGAUGCUUGCCGUAGUUGCAGCAGCUGCGGAGUACUACUCGGCUCUCGUCAGCUUCAUAAUGAGUUUUGUCUGCCACGGGGCGGCAACGAUACCGACGGAACUCGCCUUCUCGCAGAUCGACCCCUCAUCCUCGGGCCAUCACCUUGGUAGAAACAGCCAGCAGACUUGGUGUAGGCAGGAUACUAUGCAGAGUGGUCCUAAGGAACCCAACCCAGUCAGCAGCGGUAAUGUGCAACGAUCGAUCAUCACCCCUGUCAUAGAGCGUGUAACCUUGUGUUGCACGCUCUUGGUAGUGUUCUUUAGAUGGUUUUGGAACUGGGGUUCGAGGGAAAAGCCGCAACCAUCAUUACCUCAGCUAAAUUUUCGCCCGUCGUCCCUUCUUAAGUAUGUACUCACAACAUGCUACAGCUUACGGGAACCCUUUAUCCCAACGAGUUGGGCGUCUUUCGGUUACCUUCAAACUCUCCUUGGCCUAAUCCUCUCAAAUGGCACCAUGAGAUACCGCAGGGAAGUACUCCAAAUGGCGGAUGGUGGGAUCGUAGCGUUGGAUUGGGCUUGGAAGAAUUCUUCUGUUUCGAAACGCAAAAGGAGAAAAACAUUGUCCAAAGGAGUAGUUCUCAUCAUACCAGAUUUGGUAGCGGGAUCAGGGGAUGUAUCACGUCUUUGCUCAAACGUAUACGCCAACGGUUAUGAACCAGUGGUCUUCCAUAGACGAGGAACCAAUGGAUUACCUCUCACCACUCCUAAAUGCCAAAGCCUUGGGGACCCUUCAGAUCUUCGUGAUGCAGUGCGAUACCUCUUUUCAAGACUUCGUUCCGGAAGACGGAUAAGCGCUAUUGGUCUGGGUUGCGGAGGAAGUUUACUCCUGUCGUACCUAGGAAAUUACGGUUCAUCUUCCAGACUGUCUGCAUCCGUAUGUUUAUCACCCAUCUAUGACCUACAAUCAGCCAUCCAGACCAAUCGGCCCAACUCUCUGCUGAAAUGGCUCACCCUUCAAUUACUCAAAUUGAAUUUCACGAACCACGUUACCACAAUGCCAAAAUUCUUCGACUUAGAUUCUGUCUUUUCCUCUAGGACUUUGACACAAUGGCUCGAGUGUGUUGAUUGUCCUAUGUAUAAGCUUAAAGACAUGGCGGAAUACUGGGAACAUAACGAACCUUUACGUGAAGCUGAUGAAAUCGCUGUUCCACUUCUAUGCAUCAAUUCGUUCGACGAUCCCGUCACCAAGAAGGAAGACAUUCCGUUCGAAUUAUUCUCUACCCUACCUAAUUUGUUAUUACUGACGACGGAAAGCGGUGGUCAUUGUGGAUUCCUUGAAGAUUCGUUAAAUCCGAAAUCUUGGGCACACACGGUUGCAUUGGAUUAUAUCGAAGCUGUUUUACAAUUUACGGAAAACGUUACAAAUGAACGGAAUAUAAGUGGACGGAUGCGUGUUGAUUCAUAAUUAAGAAUAUUUGUAUUGAUUUCUUUGAAAAUGGAACGGAUUUGAAGUUUGCGUCAACAUUAGUUUUAUUCUUAGAAGAAUAGUAAAUAAACAUACCGUUGAAUUUGUUAAAGAGAGCAAUCAUUAAUCACCCUGAAAGUUACAUAAUAGUAUGAUAUGCUUGUUGUCAUCGUUAUUGAAUCCUGUUAUCUUAUUUGUACUUUUAUUUAUUAAAGCUUCAUUACAAGAUGGAGAAUUUAUGGCUAUCAAACUUUGAGGCCAAUUUGAAAUAUGUGAACACAAUUACUUGGGGUUUAGGAUUAAUACAACGUAUUCAUAAUGUAACUAGUUAAUUCAUAUAUAAAUUCUUAGAAAACUAUUAAUUUGCCCCGAAUAGAUGUUACAGUUGGUGGGAAUACCAACAAUAAAAUUGAAACCGUUCCUAAAAUACAUCAAACUUGUUGCACUUUUUAUCAACGUUAAAUGCAUACUUUCCAUUAGAAUUUAUGCUCCAUAACAAAAGAAUGUAUAAAAGUGUUAUUAGCCCUGCAUAAAAUGUUUUAAUGAACCUAGAGGCGGUGUGCUGUACCAUGUAUAAUGUGAUUGAUGUAGGCUAACGAACCUUUUUAUAAGCUUUUAAUCGCUGCUUCUUGCUAAUGUAUGAUGUCCAUGCGGCUGGAUAGCGUUUAAUUACAUGUGUGUCGUACGUCAUGGCAUAGCCUUCUUAAUCAUGUCAAUUGGCUCUUUAAUUACGCUCUUACGGUCGAAAUGUAAUCAACGGUAAUAUAGAGAAGGUUAGGGUUGAGUUUUGGUGAAGGAAAAAUAAGAGCAUUUUCAAUUAAAUAUUAUGCCUUUUCCACGUGGAAGAAUAUUUAAGAGGUAAUGCCCCGUGAAAUGGUUUGCUUUUUAAUCUCCCUCAUAUAAUUAGACAUGGCUAUGGCACCAUACGUCUACCGUACAUCAUUUUGUGUAUUACUUCUUUUAUGUUCGUGAAUUCCAACUAAAUUUUUCAUUUGAUAGG